GCUCAUGCUCUUGGUCGUGUCAUUCAGUUAAACUAUAUCAUUCCUCAAGGUGGAUUCAUAUUUGAUGAUUAUGAAAACAAAUUCCGGGUAGAUUUUGAUUCCAUUCAACCAUCCAUCGCAAACCUUACAAAAGAAAUUUUGAUGAUGCAAGGUGAUGGCGAUAAAGGACGUGUUAAAGAGUUUAUAGAUCAAUACGGGACGAUUGGAGAUAAUGUUAAAAACAUUCUGAAAGAUAUUAAAGAAUCAGAUUUGAAAGUCGAGAUUUGGCCCAUCUACAAUAUUACGUGGUCAUUUGAACAUAAUAACAAUGGGAAAUAUGGAAACUUUGUGCGAUAA